UUUUUUUUGCCGUCUAACUUGUCCUUUUCGCCCCACCCCAGAUACGAUUUGAGUGAAAUAAUGUGUUGGCAUUGAGAGAGAGAGAGAGAGAGAGAGAAAGAGUGAAAGCAGGAUUUGCAGCUCUCUCUCUCUCUCUCCCCCAGCUUUUUAAACUUCUGGACAUUUGGUAUUUUAAGAAUGCGACAAAGAUGGCGUUAGUCAGCAGGGUACAGAGAAGUGGACUGCUGGAAGUUUUAGUCAGGGACAGCUGGCAUCGUGUGCUGGCCACCUUGAGCCAGGACAGCCUUAUACUCAGCUGUGACCAGCCCGGACACACCGCCGCCGCCUGGAACGGACUGACCAACGGAGCCCGCUCGCAGAGCCCGCAACCAGGCUCCCGGAGCCCCAGCGCCAGCGGGGUCCGCAAUGCCUUCACCGAGCGACCCGAACACAUCCCCGAAACCAUCAGCAACAAGAAGAGAAGCGUCAGGGUCGUCAAGCAAGAGGUCGGGGGCCUGGGGAUCAGCAUCAAGGGAGGCAAGGAAAAUAAGAUGCCGAUCCUGAUCUCGAAGAUCUUUAAAGGUCUAGCAGCCGACAAGACUGAGGCUUUAUAUGUGGGUGAUGCCAUCUUGUCAGUGAAUACAGUGGACCUAAGGGAUGCGACACACGAUGAGGCAGUGCAAGUGUUGAAGAGAGCUGGUAAAGAAGUCCUUCUGGAGGUGAAGUAUAUGAGAGAAGCUACACCUUACAUUAAGAAGAACUCUCCAGUUUCUGAGCUUGGAUGGGAAACCCUCCCUCCAGAAUCCCCCAGGCUUGGUUCAGUGGCCACAGAAUCUCCCUCGACCCCUCCGUUCUCAUUACCCAGCGACUCCAAAGACUGGAAGAGCAUCCCGUUGAAGAUGUGUUAUGUCACACGAAGCUUCAGCACCCCAGACCCUGAAAACAGGCAGUUUGAGCUGCAUUCCCCUGACUGCAAAUACACAGUUGUCCUGAGGUGUAAGGACCCCAGCACUGCCCAAGCCUGGUUCAGUACCAUUCAGGCUAAUGCCAACAACCUGACGGCCAAGGUCAUAGGAGAAGUCAAAGAUCAACUGGGAAGAACAGGAAUAGCUGGGUGUCGAGAGAUUCGACACUUAGGCUGGCUCGCCGAAAAGACACUGGGAGAGAAUGAAAAGCGGCAGUGGAGGCCUGUUCUGGUUGUACUUACUGAAAAGGACAUGCUGAUGUACCCCAGCAUGCCUCGCAUGAAAGAAUCCUGGUUCAGUCCAGCUCACACCUACCCAUUGCUUGCUACAAGAUUGGUUCAUUCUGGCAUGGGGAGAGAAUCACCACAACCAGGCAUGGAAUUGUCCUUUGCCACCCGCACCGGAACACGCCAAGGCAUCGAGACCCAUCUCUUCCGCGUUGAGACCAGCUCCAGUCUAUCCAGCUGGACCAGGCAUAUUGUCCAGGGCUGCCACAAAGCAGCUGAGCUAACUAAAGAAGUCACAACCACAUGCACUUACAGGACCCAGGAGUGUCUUCUGACCAUUCAUUAUACAAAUGGAUUUUCUAUCUUGAAAGAUGGACAAGAGGGAAACUUGCCAAGGCUAAUUUGGCAAUACUCCUUUGAGAAAUUGAAGAACUCCUCGGAUGAUGGGGUGAGAAUGCUCUUUCUAGACUUUGGCGGAAGAGAUGGCGAAAUUCAGCUGGAUCUUCACUCAUGUCCGAAACCGAUUGUUUUCAUCAUCCAUUCCUUCCUCUCAGCCAAGAUUGCACGACUUGGCUUGCUUGCCUGAUAUGGGAACACUUGCAGAGUGAAGGAACACUUCUCGAAAAGGGGUUGUUGUACAGAACUGGUGCACAAUCAGCCCGAGAGGGGAGAGGCAGAAGGGUGGGAGCGUCACCAUAUGGAAUGAGAUAUUUAAUCUUCGAUAGCAUCAAAUAGUUUAUUUAAUAGAAUGGAGAAAAAAUUGUAACAAUCUGAAGCGAACUUAAAAGGCACCUCACUUUUUAUAACAAGAAAGUUUGCUUUGAGUAUUGGUGAGAGAGAGACAUGCUGAAGUUUUUCAUUCAGACUCAUCAGGACAGAUGCAAGAUCAGUCCUGAUGGGUGCAAGGCAAAAAACUUCAACGUGUCUUUUUUUCAGCAAUACUCAGGUUCUGUACUACCAAGAAACUUUACUUUCCUUUCUAUGAUGUUGUGUGAUGUCCAAUAAUUUUUACAAUCAUCAUCAAUACAGAAAUCCUUUUUGACAAAAUUCAAAGAUUUAAAAAAAAAAUCACAGCAAUAAUGUUGGUGAUUCCUAUUUGCCUGUUGUAUAAUAUGAAGAAACCCUCCCUUCAGGGGGAUUUUCCAUAUAAUUUUCAAGGUCUCUACAAGGCAUUCAAAUAGGUUUUAUAAAUAUGAAAAAUGAAAGCUCAGUAGAAAUCACAUAUGUAUGUUUUUUUAAAAAAAAAGACAAAUUGAAGCUUCUUCAUUAUUUUAAAGUUGGUCAAAAGGGAAGCAGUCAAGUUAAUAAUGCUACAACUUCACUACUUUCCCAAUUGGAAAGUUCUAACAUUGUCUUGUAGCAGCUGAAAAUUUGUUUGUUUUAAUGUGCUUGUUUCAUACACAACUAAUUUAAUUUAGAACUGUUCAACCUUUUCACUAGUAACAAGCCAUUUUUUAUCCUUCAACCAACAUCACUAAAAACAAAAAUGUAGAUUAUCUGGUCAUUAUCGUGUUGCUGCUUGUGGGAGCUUUCUGUGCACAAAUUGACUGUUGUGUUUCCUAUAUUACUGCAGUGACACUUCAAAAAGUGCCUCAUUGGUUGCAAACCCACUUGUGACAUCCCGAGGCUGUGAAAGCAAAGCAAGUAAAUGCAAGUCAGGCUUUUAAUAAUUUGAAACAUUACCAUGACCCUUUGCUCCAAUCAUCCAUCACAUUUGUUGAGUUCAUUCUGGCAAAAAGGCUGGUUAAUAAACAAAAUAGUCUAACCUGAAAGCUGCAGUUCCCUGUGAACAAUACAGGGGUUGCAGGGGCAGGAAUUGUUGAUUCCAACCAUUGCCAUUGGGUGGGAAAUGGGUCUGUUCCUUGUCCAUUUUGCACCCCAUGUUCGAUUUUGCUUUCUGUUGAUUGUCAUCUGGGCAGAAAAGGUUUUUUAAAAAAUGACCUUAUUUAGAUAGGGACCCAUUUGAACUUGCAGGUAUCUAUCCACUUGUCAAUUCAAAAGUAAUCUGAACGCUCAAUGGCUUAUUCCACCUCCCCCCGCCUCAGAGUUAAAGGAUAGCUUCUGAUAACUUGCUGUGUUUAGUUGCUAUGCUUGAGAAAGAUUGUGCAUGUAUGUUUGCACAUGAGGAAAUAAAAGCAACGUAAUUAGAUAAAAGAUAGUGAGAGGGUGGAAAUUUGCCUCUCUUUUUAUUUGUAUCGACAAUGCAGAGACUUUCUGCUCUCUCUCGCUUCCCAUUUGAAGCUCUCCAAACAAAUAAUAUGGUUUUGCAAAAAUCCCGCUGUCUUCUAUUUACUUAAUGAUUGUACAAAACAUUUUUUGUACGAAUGCUACAAUUCCUGAUGCCAUACAAGUUCAAAGUUUGGCUACUUCUCUCUCCCAGGUUUGAUGGAAGAUCCUGGGGGUGUGUGAAGCCAAGUAGUGGGUUUGUUGCUCUGUAGUUUGGCAGGAGACCGUGCCUUCAAUAAUGCUACAUUUACUUUUAAAUGUUAAGUUUUUACAUUUAAAAAUGAACAAUCGCCAACUGAUCUGAUUUUAUUGCAUAUUGUUUUUAAAUAAAAAAGCUAAAUUUUUAAACAACUGGGGCCAUCACUACCUUUAGCAAAUCAACUAAUCGUUUAGUAUUAUUGUAAGGAUUUCCCCCCCCCAAAACCCCAAAAAGGUCGAGUUAAAUGGCUUCCCAGCAGUUAUAAGUUCUAAAUGUAGGUCUGGACUUGAUAGCAUGUAGACUUAUUCAGAUAAAUGAAUGCUCUAGGCUUAUAUUGUUCAAACUAGGGUCAGUUUUAACCGCCAUAGGUAGAAUAAACUUCUCACGUUUUAACAGAGACCAGCUGCCUUGCUACAAAAAUGUGCAACUCUGUGUGCUGCAUUCGGGCUUGUGUACUUGCAAACUAACUGUUCCACAUUAAGCCUUCUAUUAUCGAUACAGGGGAGGAUGGCAGGUGGGUGUAAAAGAGGAGAAACCUGGUUGAGACAAUGUGAAUAAGAUCAGCAUGGUUUGUAGCUGGACUUAAACUUCCUUGAAAAUGUAACUACUACAGAACAAGUACCAAAUUUCAGGUGUAUUUACAGGACAAGAUGGAAAAUAUUCAUGAAUUUAAUAGUCCAAUGCAUUAAAUAUAAUUUAAUGAUUUAAAUUGUUAAUAACUGCCCAUUACUGUACAGUAUUAAUGUGAAAUUUAUAGACAAGAUGUUAAAGCUGGGUGAUCUAAAGUACUGUAUAUUAUUGAGAUAUUUUAAUGUUAGUUUAAAACAUUGCAGCUGUAGUAGUGCUACACUUAAACCAUAAUAAACAAUGCAUUUACCUCCUCAAAUAUUCUACACUACAUUAACAGUGAUCCCGAAUGUUGCUCAGUUUCUUUAAAUGGCGCAAGAUCACAAGGUAAGCCUUUUAGCCCAUCUUUACCCAUGCAAUGAACAGCACAAACAACAAACAGUUAGCACCUUUAAUGUAACAAAACAUCAGAAGAUGCUUCACAGGAACGUUAUAAAACAUGAACUGGAGACAUUGCAGCAGGAGACCAAAAGUUUGGUCAAAAGGGUAGGUCUUCCCUCAAAGGGGCAUUAAGCUUUGCGGACAUAACAUUUUCAAUUGUAACCUUCGCUUGAAACAGUACAGUAAGACACAAGCCCAAGAGAAAUAAAAUAUGAAGGAAGGCUGUUUACUGUAUAACUCCAUCUUCCUUCCCAACUAAAUUACAUUUAAAAAUAGCCAAACUUGUGCACGAUCAUCAUUUUCACAUUUAUAAGUAGCCAUGAAACUGCAGUUUGUUUAGUUGCUCAAAGGUGCUGUGAGCAUGCUACUUCAGGCGAUGCAGCUGUAUAAUUCCGUCCAUUAUCAUCUUGAUAAAUCCAGCAAAACCUUUUGUUAGUUAAGUAUUCAGAGAGCUGGAAUCUAACUUUGCACCCAUUGAUACACUGCUUAAUGAGGACUUGUGAUCUUUAAGAUUUCAACAAUUUAUAGGUAACUUUAUUAAACAAAUUGGAACUUUGCAUAUAUGCAAAAUAUUAAGUCAAGCUCUUGAACACAACGCCAUCUGUAGCAAAACAAAUGCUAGCACCAGUACCGAAACAGCACCAAUUUACUUUGCAAAAAUUAUAUAACAUUAAACAUUAGUGCUACAUUUAAUCAUUUGGAGACUAUAAACAUGCCUUUUAAUUUUUGACCAUUCACACAAAUCUAUACUUUAAAUUAUUUCUAUUAUUCUCUCAACCUUUAAUAAGGUUCUUGUAAGCGUGGGUCAUAUUUUUAGUUUACAUCUGUGCUCUAGGUUGUAUAUAUUUUUUUUAAAACAAAAAAAAUAAAACACGCACAGGGACUAUUUCUGGUUAUCUGUGCCAAUGAAUCUGGAGGUAUAAAUAUUAGGUUUCAGUGUUUGUGGCACUGCCCCCAUGUAUAUGGAUAGUUGUGGAAGAUUGACAAGCUGACUCAGAGAGAAGAAUAUACUGCUCAAUUCCUUUAAAAGCAUUGCUUUAAAAAAAGAGGCAAGCAUUGAAACAGGAUUUGCUUGGCUUUUAAUCUGAUGGCUCAAAGUGAAACUGCAAGUUUUACAGUCUGUGUAACUUGUUCAAGGUUAACAAAACUUUGGAGAAUGUUUGAGAUAGGAAGAGGGAGGCAGUCAUCUAUUUAAAGGGAAAGGACAUUAAAUGCCACCAUGAGCCAAUUGUAUUAGCAUUCUUCCUAAAUUCUAAUUGCUGUUUGAUUCUUUUUUUUUUCAAAAACUGCCUUUGGCAGCACAACAGGGGCUCUUUCCCAAGAUGUUGGUCUAUUAAAAAGACCAGCUCCUGGGAUGAAAGCUUGCAGUGAUACAAGGCCAACGUCAAGUAUGUUGAUUUUGCAACAACAAAAAGAAACAAUUAUCACCUUUGUUCCAUUACAACCUGCUGGAACAGCACUGGCAAUAUUGUAGGAGAUUGAAGAGACAGAAUGCAAGACAGUGUGAGGGGAAGAGAAGUGAGGGUACAUGGGGAACAGGAAAAAGGCAGACAGAAUACAACAUGUAGCACGCACAUAAUGGAUCAGAUUUUGAGGUCAGAGAAAAUAAUAUGAUGCCCAGAGAAAAUUAAUCAAACAAUCAGUUGAGUAUGCUGUCUUAAUUGCCAAUGAUUCUCUUUGAGCAGUUAUCAGUGAACAUGGUGUUUCCAUGUUCACAAACUCUUGGGAAUUUUUUUAAAAAUCUGCCCGACAACAGUACAGAACCUAGAGUUACACGGUAUCAGCUUGGGUGAGCAUGAAUGACUGGAUCAUCAAUCAAAUCUGCGAGGGUAGUGGAAGCCAAGACAAUGAAUGAUUUCAAAAGAAAAUUGGAUGGGCACUUGAGCGAAAUAAACUUGCAGGACUACAGGGAUAGAGCAGGGGGAGUAAGACUGAUUGGAUUGCUCUACACAGCAGGCAUGGAUUCGAUGGGACAAAUGGCCUGUUUCUGUGCACAAUGUAAAUCAUGUUUCUCAUGAUCAUUAGUGCCUUGAUAGAGGUGAAAUUUGUACAUGAUGUCAAUGAUAGUUGGCUCACAUGAACUGAACUUACAGAAACAGGUCAUUCAGCCCAUCUGCUCCAUGCCAGUGUUUAUGCUCUACAAGAGCCUCCUCUCACUCUUCAUCUUUAACCCCAUUAGCCUAUCCUUCCAUCCCUUUAUUCCUCAAGUGUUUAUCCAGCCUCCCCUUAAAGGCAUCUUUGCUACUGACCUUAACCAGCCCAUGUGGUAGCAAGUUCCACAUCCUCACACUCUCUGGGUAAAGAUCUUUCUCCUGAACUCCCUGUUGGGUUUAUUAGUGACUUUCUUCCAUGCAUGGCCCCCAAUUUUGGACUCUCCUCAAAUGGAAACAUCUCAACACCUACCCUAUCAAACCCUUUUAUAACAUUAACAAUUUCUAUUAGGUCGCCCCAGAGCCUUCUCAUACAGCUCCUGUAUUAUCCAUACCAGUCCACUGUGGUUAUAUUGUACUGGUUAUUGGCUGGUUGUUAAUUAUGCUAAGCGUCUACAUACCUCCAUGGCACCAGAGAAAACAGACUAAACCCUUCUUUCCCAAUCAAUUGGUGUCCAAUAAUUUAAUAUUUUAAAAUUAUUUCCAUUCCACUUGAGCAUUUAUUAGGUUUCUAAAAUAAUCUCAGAAUUAAAUAAGGUAUCAUGUGGAGAUCAAUUUUAUUCUUGCUCCUGUUUUUAUUUUAAAAAUGCAACAUUUAUUAAUCCACUUUUUGGAUAGAAGGCCUUCUUCUCCAGUUAAGAAAAAAGGCACAAAGCCUAUGUUGUGGGUUUCUGAUUGAGGUUAUAGGAGAAAAGACUAGUGCCAUUGGGACUUUUUUUUUUAAAAAAGGGCUUCCCAAAUCACUUAAAUCACACAAGCUUUUCUUCUAAUUUUAAGUUUCUGAAACUAAGCAUGACUUUGUUCCUUUGCUGGAUAACACUUGUGUGAGCAGUCAAUUUCAAUGGAAUUACUUAAAAAAAUUAAAACUUUAUUUUUAUCGAGAAUGCUCCAAGGGGAAAUAGCACAGUGAGAGGCCAAAACUGAAGACACUCAUUUGUGAGGGCAUACCUUAUUUGCCACCAAGGCCUGAUUUCUCCAACACUUUCUCCGCAGCCCUGCAUCGUGCACAGUCUACAAUACAUCAAAAACUUCAACACUGACGUCAUAUUCCUUUUUAAUUCUCCCUCACCCCUUCACUUCCCUUUGUCCAGUUCCCCAUCUCGCGUGCAUUAAUUUCAAAAACCCUCACCCACAAAUCUUUACAUAGUCUUAACCCUACAACCUCCUCCAGAAUUAGUCCUCCUGGGACUAGCUAAAAUGCUCUUGCAAAGAGCCAGCACAACUUGACAGGCCAAAUGGCCUCUGCCAAUUCUGUAACCAUUCUAUGAUUCUAAGACCGACAUCCCUACUUGCAUCUUCCACACACUGUUUGGAUUACUGUACAUUCCUGCUUCUCUCCCUCUACCAGGGUUUCAUAGCCUUCAGCCAUCAUGGGUGUGCUCAAGUAACUGUCCCUUAAAAACUAGUCCACUUUACUUAAUUUCUCCACAUCUUGAAAUGCUCUUCGUAACCUACCUCUUACACCCUUUCCUAACUCUUCUACUCCCUGCUCAGUGUAUAAAUUCCCUCUCUCUCUCCUCCUUCCCUAUUUUCCUGGUGAUAUUUCACAAUACGACAAACUGCACAUAAAAACACUUUUACAGUGUACUUGCAGGGGUGCUAGGUCCAAUGCCCAGGUCACGCAGUCAAUAUUAACUCUGGAAUAUAUUUGCCAGAUUCACAAUGUCAAUAGACCAGUAAUUCUCAAUUCUCCUGACUGCUGAAUUCAGAAAAUCUAUUAAGCUUAGUGGAUGGUUGCCACUGACUGUUCAAAAUCUACACAUUGACUUCCCGCAAAAGGCAAUAUGAAAGCAACUUAGGAGCAAGCUACAGGUAAUAUGUUACUACAACAUUAAGGUGGAAUGAAGUCUAGCACAUGUUCUGUAAUCAAAAUACAAAUUUUGAAUUAAACUUAAGACUUACAGUAAAGGAGGUUAAUACCAAAGACUGCAGGAGAUAUCUAACAGCACUAAAGAAAUAGAAAGAUUUAGGAUUAUUUUACUAAUCAUGUGCAUGGGAUAGCUUCUUUGUAGCACUUUAAUUGUGCAUUGAUGCAAAGAUCUCAGAAUUUAAUUAAAAAUGUAUAUUUUUCCUGAAGUGAACACAUCACAAAAAUUACACAUUACUAAUUUCUCAACAGCUCUACAAGUCUGAGCUUCCACUAGCCAAUGACAGUGUUGAAAUAUUUGCUGCCUUUACUGAUACAAUGAAUUAACAUGUUAAAAAAUACUUAUUUAUAAAGUUUGAGCAAAUAAUCCCCAGGUGAUACUUUAAUGUGCCUUCAGUUCUCAUUUACAUAUUAAGUACCAUGAUUAAGAAAAUAUGGGCUAUAGCAUUUAUAUAAAUAAGAUUACUACACCAUUUAAUAAAGCAUUAAUAUCCAACUUGGGAAAACCAACUUCACAAGUACUCACCAUAAGCUACCACCAGCAAAACUGUCUCAAAACUGUGAAUAAAAGCCCACAAAUUAAACUUUAUAAUUGUAUAGAGUAGAUGGGGAGUAAGCUCAAAGCUGUAAUUUAUUGGUGGGGUUCAGCAAACCAUUAAAAUGUUAUAUGAUGUUCCCGAAGUAAAAGUUUUGUAAACCUACUCUUAUGCAUCCACAGUUCUUAGUAAAACAAUCAAGAGGCAGCUGAGGUACAAAAUACAAUUUGGAUCUUGUGGACUGCUGUGGAUCAUAGCAUGGCAGAAAACUGCCCUAUUCAUUUUCCAUACUUUUUUCCCCCCUUCAUUAAAUAAAAUCACAAAUGUGACUUUUCCCCCUUAAUUUUAAGAAUAUGCUUGAUAAUUGAUUGUAUAUAUAAAAUGAAUACUGAAUAAAAGAUGAUCAUAAACUUUA